CAGAGAUUAAAACCGCGCAGUUCAUUUGACCAAACUGCAGGCGCUCCCGCGCGCACGGCGAUCGGCCGCUCGUUCCUCCUCGUUGCAUCUCCGCGUUCCGACAAAACAUUUAUCGGCGAGCAUUGAUUUGCCGAGGUCAGAGUCGGACGAAGGCAAGGAUGAGUGCGAACACCUCGAGCACACUCGCCCCUCCGACCACCCACACGGGCCCCACCACCCCCAAGAAAGGCCCGCCCAAGUUCAAGCAGCGAGCGUCGCGACAGUUUAAGAGCAAGCCGCCAAAACCUGGCGUCAAAGGGUUUGGAGAUGAGAUUCCAGGAAUGGAAGGCUUGGGAACAGACAUCACCGUCAUCUGCCCCUGGGAGGCCUUCAGCCACUUGGAACUACACGAACUGGCGCAGUACGGGAUCGUGUGAAAGACACUCAACUCAUCGCCACCACCGAUCGUCAACUUCAGCAGCAGCAGCAGCAACACCAACGCUCGCAACGUGCAAAGGGCACGCGCACGCACACCCACGCACGCACGCCCACACACGCACACCCACGCACGCGCACGCACGCACACCCACGCUCGCACGCUUGCACUCUCGCACGCGCACACCGACCCGUAGACAAGCGACGUUACACACCCACACCGCACACCGAUGCAUGGGGCGCGCCAACCACCCCAAGAACGCGUUACCCGACGCGGUUGCCCUCACUUAAACUGAGAGGGUACACGCAUACGCACCGAUGCUUCGCACGCACCCCAAGUACACACCCUCCUCCUCCUCCCUCCUCCACGGUUGCCCCUCUGGGUCAGGUUAACCUCGGGACUGAGUCACAUGUACUUCUUCCUCGAACAACUUUGCAAUGCUGCCAAGAUUCCCAAAGCCGACACUGCCGUGGGGGGUCUGAUUGGUGCACGCGACCGAGAAAGGUUGGGGGUGGGGGCGCAAUCGAGUUGACUUAUCCCAAAAUAUAAACACACGUAAUUAUUUCUCCGCAACAUUUUUUUUAACGUAGAGUCUAAGCUCGGAUGUUUAAUACAUCAGGAACAUUUCAAGACGAAAUGUGUUCACGUUCGGAGAGUUGUGCGUGUCUAUUUUCGUAUCUCAGAAACACAAUAUUUAUUUAUACUGGAGGAAUCCAACAGAUGUCAAGUAAGGGGCGGGUCAGAACGUUUCCACACAGUACCAAAGCACACGAUAAGAGUCCAAAGUAUAAGAAAGGUAUAUAAAUAACUUUAAAAAAAUACAUAUAAACGAAAUGAUUUGUAUCCUAUUCUUGGUUCUUUCGGUAAAGUCACGUAGAAGGGAAACAAUAAAAUAAUAAAAAUAUAAAACAAUAAAUAAUUUUCAAAUUUUCUUGCUGUGUUUUCACGCCUGAUGAUGAUUGCUUGUGUUGCAGUCGAAACGUCGUGAUAAUUUUAUUGCUUUAUAUUCUUAUUAUUUUAUCGUUUCCCUUCUACGUGACUUUACCGAAAGAAGCAAGAAUAUGAAUCCCUGCAGUCACGAAAGCUUUAAAUCAAUAUUUGUAUCCUACCAGGUAAAGCCCACUUAGCUAUUACCUUCUUUUUCAGAAGCCACCUGGCUGCAAUUUAUAUCUCAACGAAGUGGCUCAUCGUGCGGAGGAAAUGAAAAAGCAUCAAAAUAAUCUAAACGCAUGUUUCUAAACAUUUUGACCGAUGGAUCGUCUGACAUUUCAUAACCCGGAAGCUGCUCUCACCCGAAAUUCUACAUCCCACACCACCACACUCAAAGCAGCCCAAUGCCAUCAAGGGCAUCUCUGCAAUUGAUGCCACAUUGAAGCGACCAUUUCCAGUCGUCAGCAUUGAGCAGGGAUGGCCAAGAUACGUUUGGGAGAUUUGAAUAUUUCGUGACUGCAAGGAUUCAUUCUCUUUGUUCUUUUUCGGUAAAGU